GACGGAUUGUUGAGAAAAGAACCCAGUGUACCGUGGAAGUAUUUUUUUGCUCCGAAAGGGGUUUACGCUAGCCAUCAUGGGCCAACCUCUAAAUGCAAAGCGCCUCGUUUUAACCGGUGCUGUGACUAUGAUUACAAUCGCCGGAACACUCUACGGUGCUGGCAUCAAGACGGAAAACGAAGUCUCUGAGCAAGUCCAGAAGUCUCGAGAAAUCACCAUCGACGAACACAUUGCCUCUCUUCGGAAUCACCGGCAGGGUUUAGCUAUGAAGAAACAUCUUGUGGAAAAGCAAAUACAUGACCUAGACGCUAGGAUCGAAGAACGAAAGAAUAAAGGGCUUGAUAAUAAGAGAGGAUGAUGGAUGACACCAUAAGAAGAGAUCACUGGCCGAGACGACUUGGCAUCUAUCGCCCUGG